UAAUCUUAUUCCCCUGGGGUAGCGGGGGAGAGCACAAUCGAACCGGCCGCACACGCUCGCACCCAAGGUGAGCGGCAUCCUCUGGAAUGCAGAAGACAUCCCGGGCGAGCCGGGCUCCCGUGGGAGGUCGGUGGGGAGUGCCCCCCGUGUGCCGCCCCCGCUCCGAGCCGCCCGGUCCCGGCGCAGAGCGGCCCCGCCGCCCGCGCAGGCACCGCCUCCGCGGCGGAGCGCGCCCGCCGGCCCGCGCCCGUGCGCGCCGCCGCCCCAGCCCCGCCGCGCCCGCCGCCCGCAGCAGCGGCCGCAGCCCGGGGACAUGGCGGAGUAGCCCCGCUCCGGGGAGCAGCGGCGGCUCGGGGCGGCGAUGGUACCGCCCGGCAGCUGAGCUGGAGGUGGGCGCUGGCGGCCGGAGGCUCGCGGCUUGACCUCGAUUUGUUUUUGGGACUGCAGGCUGGAGCGGCGCGUCCGGUGAGCUGGGAGAGAUAAAAACCAGGCGGAUUUGGGGCUGCUGCAACAGGACGGGAAUUCCUCCCCCACCCCCCGGCGCUGCCUGCUUGCCCGGCAUGCCAGCGCUGCCCCGCUGAGACCGUCAAAGAGUUUUGGGGUUAACUUGCGCCCGGCCGCCCCUGGAAUUGAGACUCUCCGGAUAUCGGAUCGGCUGGGGAUUGUUGUCUAUGUCGUGUUGGGAAAUCUGGUGGGAUUUUUUGUCGCUCGAAGAGGAAGAGCCCGGUGCUGGCAGUUGGCUUGGUGGUCUUUUUUGGAGGGCGAAGGAAGGGAAGGGAUCUCGCUCGAGCCGUGCGCAGACAGAGCUCGGACAUGUGUUGUCAGCACAUCUGGGGAAUACAGGCUGCAAGUCCGAAAGGAAAUUUGCUGGGAUCGUUCAAACUGCGAUAUUGAUCUUGGUUAUUUUUUGUCGCCGAGGGAUGCACUUGGCAUGAGAAUCGGAGGAUGGAAAUUGUUUGGGAGGUGCUUUUUCUUCUGCAAGCGAAUUUCAUCGUCUGCAUUUCAGCUCAACAGAAUUCACCAAAAAUCCAUGAAGGCUGGUGGGCUUACAAGGAGGUGGUCCAGGGAAGCUUUGUUCCUGUGCCCUCCUUUUGGGGUUUGGUGAACUCAGCUUGGAAUCUUUGCUCUGUUGGUAAAAGACAGUCACCUGUCAAUAUUGAAACCAGCCAUAUGAUUUUUGAUCCCUUCCUAACUCCUCUUCGCCUAAACACAGGGGGAAGAAAGGUCAGUGGGACGAUGUACAACACGGGCAGACACGUGUCCCUGCGCUUGGACAAGGAGCACCUGGUGAACAUCUCCGGGGGCCCCAUGACCUACAGCCACCGCCUGGAGGAGAUCCGGCUGCACUUCGGCAGCGAGGACAGCCAGGGCUCCGAGCACCUCCUCAAUGGACAGGCCUUCUCUGGGGAGGUUCAGCUGAUCCACUAUAACCACGAGCUGUAUGCAAAUGUCACAGAAGCUGCUAAGAGUCCUAACGGGUUGGUGGUAGUUUCCAUAUUUAUGAAAGUAUCUGAAUCAUCAAAUCCAUUUCUAAAUCGUAUGCUUAACAGAGACACCAUAACGAGAAUAACGUAUAAGAACGAUGCAUACUUACUACAGGGGCUUAAUAUUGAGGAACUUUAUCCAGAGACAUCUAGUUUCAUUACAUAUGAUGGGUCAAUGACAAUUCCACCCUGCUAUGAAACAGCAAGCUGGAUAAUAAUGAACAAACCUGUCUACAUAACAAGGAUGCAGAUGCAUUCUUUACGACUACUAAGCCAGAACCAGCCAUCACAGAUAUUUCUGAGCAUGAGUGACAAUUUCAGACCAGUCCAGCCUCUCAACAAUCGAUGUAUCCGAACCAACAUCAACUUUAGUUUACAGGGAAAAGAUUGUCCAAACAAUAGAGCACAGAAACUACAGUAUAGAGUAAAUGAAUGGCUCCUCAAAUGAGACAGAGCAGGCAGAAUCCAAAUCUUCAGUGGAAUGCUCCUUCUGGGAACUGACAUCAUCUGCAACGCACCCAACCUCCCUCUCUGGGCUCACGAGCACCACGUGCUGUGGGAAAAGAGCUGCCAUACUGGAAACUCCUCCAAAUUCAUUCAUGUGAUUGGUGGCCAUCUAAAAACACAACAAAACAAAGCAAAGCAAAGAGAAAGUAUUACAGUAAAUGUGAUUACGAUUUUCCUGAACUAAUUUAGUCACAAAGAAAGACUUCUCAGCCUUUGUACAUGUGAAAUUCUUCCUCUUCUCCCUCCCCUCCCUCAAUUGAAAAAAAAAAAAAAAUGAAAAAAGGUGGCUCAGUACAGCAUCAAAGUGGAGUUGUGUUCUGUGUGCCAAGUAAUCCUUGGAAAGCUCUCAUUAUUUCACUACCAUUCAUGGAUACUGACAAGACAGAACAAGAUUACUGUAAAGGAAACUUAUUUCUAGGUUAUGAUCUUUCUGUUAAUUUGAUUUAAAAAGGGACAGACUUUGAGAGAUAAGUAUUGUAAAUAAAUCACUGCAGAAUAUAAAGGAAAUUGAAAUAUUUCCCUCUGUUACAUAUGUGUAGUAGGAUUUGGAAAAAUCAGAAUAUAUCCAUUUUCUGUUUCUUGUUUUACAACAGACCAUACAUUGUGUUGAUUACUGUUAACAGCUCAAUAAAUGUGUUUAACAAAUUAAUUUAGUUAAGUUUGAUUUCUCUUUUCCUUUCUGAAACAACUAGCCUCUACUACCUUUGAUUUCUCUUUUCCUUUCUGAAAUAACAAGCCUCUACUACCUGUGGAUGCAUUACUUGUGUUUUUCUCUUUUUUCUUGGUUUUUUUCUUUUAUUUUUACAUCAUUUCUUUGUUUGCAGUCCAUUCAAGUGAGUUAAUGACAAUUGGGAAUGCACUUAGAGGUGGUAAAACUUUACUUUCUGGUCCAUCAUUAACAGGAACUGGGCUCAGAAGCAGAAAGCAGUUGAAACAUAUCUUAGUUUAAAAUUGUCAUUUUCCUUGCUGAAGCCAUUAUUGGGAAAAACAUUCAGUCCUGUAAAUUGGUGGUGAAAGGGAUAUUUUUUCUUUACAGAUAAAGCAGGAGCUGACCAAGUAAAAGGAAAUGCCUUUUUUUCUUAUUUAUACUGGUCAUUCACUGUGUUUGGUUACUGUCAAGAACUCAAUAAAUGUGUUUAACAAGUUCA